CAGUGUUACAUUACCCCAUGUUCCCAUUGGACAUAAUUACGCAUACGCCUUAAUGUCAUCGCUGCGUAUAGCUUCGUCCGAUACAGGAAGAAAGUAGAAUGCUUUUAUAGGGAUUUAUAAGCGGUGAUGGAAUAAAUCGGAUUCGUUCUUGAAAGUAUCUAGGAACAAAAUUUGCUUAGACUUUUGCAUUAAGAAAAUUAUUCAGAAAAUUGGACACUUCACGGAUGUAAAUAUGAUAUUGUCGUUAUUAAGAUAGACAUACAAGGACGCGCGAUAACUAGGUUCCAAAAGACCCUAUACAUAUAUUCAUCUGGUAUUUCUUACCAAUAAAACCAACGAGAUGGGCUCCUGCAACCCGGAGCCUCAGAAGCUCUUCAUAGAGACACCAUGUAUACCAUCGAUAGCUCUCUCACGAGUAGCCGGUUGCAACAUAUUCCUCAAGCUCGAGAACCUCCAGCCCUCAGGGUCGUUCAAGUCGCGCGCCGUAGGAAACAUGAUGUACCAAGCGAUGCUCGCGAAACCAGCCGGCAACGUGCACUUCUACUGCUCGUCGGGCGGAAACGCAGGCCUGGCGUGCGCAACGGCGGCAGCUACCCUGAGACAGCCGUGUACUAUCGUUGUGCCGACGACUACUUCCCAGCAUAUGAUUGAGAAGAUACGACUCCUAGGCGCCAAAGUCCACCAAGUAGGCACCAACUGGGCCCUCGCCGACGAACACCUCCGCGCCGUGCUCCUCGCCCACGACCCGUCGGGGGUCUACGUCCCGCCCUUCGACCACCCGGACAUCUGGGCCGGCAACAGCACCAUCGUCGACGAGCUCGCCACGCAGCUCCGCCCGUACGACGUAGCGCACGUCGACGGCAUAGCGUGUAACUGCGGCGGCGGCGGCUUACUCAACGGGAUCAUGGCCGGCGUGCAGAAGCACUACACCGACGCCGACGUAACAGAACCGACUGUCCUAGCCGUCGAGACCGCGGGCGCGGAUAGUCUGAACGCUAGUGUCAAGGCGGGAGAGCUGGUGGCGUUGCCGGGGAUCACUAGCAUCGCGACUAGUCUGGGGGCGCCGCGGGUUUCGGAGCGCACGUUUCGGUGGAGUCGGGAGGCGCCGCAUCUGAAGAGCUUGGUGGUGACGGAUGCGGAGGCUGUGAUGGGGUCGGUUAGGUUUGCGGAUGAUGCUAGGAUGUUGGUGGAGGUUGCGUGCGGUGCUACGCUUGCUACGGUGUAUAAUGGGGACUUGAGGAGGGUUGUGGGAGGCGAGGGGAUUAGCGAUGAGGAGUGGAGUAGGAAGAAUGUGGUUGUGAUUGUGUGUGGAGGGUCGAAUGUUACGUUGGAGAUGUUGAGGAGUUAUGGGGAGAAGUAUGGCGUAAAAUAGAAGCAUAUAUCUCGCUGUAGAGUAUCGGGUUGAAGGGAUAUAGAUGGCAGAGUUGGAAGUGAUAUUUGCCGUUUGGGAGUCAUCUGUAUAAAUAAGAUGCACA